AUGAUUCCUUGUCAGAGUAAAUAUGCAGAGGAAAUUAUUCACAGGGCUAAGAUGGACAAUUGCAAACCAGUUGUUACACCGGUCAACACUAAGUCAAAGCUCAGUGCUCACGAUGGUGAGCCAGUGCAGGAUCCCUCCCUCUACAGGAGCCUUGCAGAUGCGCUUCAGUACCUCACAUUCACCAGACCCGAUAUUGCUUAUGCUGUUCAGCAGGUUUGUUUGUUCAUGCAUGCUCCUAGGGAACCUCACUUUAACGCUCUUAAGCGUAUUAUACGAUAUAUCAAAUGCACUUCUGAUCAUGGACUACAUUUAUAUCGUUCUGCUCCUACGAGACUUAUUUCUUACACAGAUGCCGAUUGGGGCGGGUGCCCGGACACGCGACGUUCCACUUCUGGGUAUUGUGUUUAUUUGGGUGAUAAUCUGGUCUCUUGGUCCGCAAAACGACAGGCUACAUUGUCCAAAUCAAGUGCCGAAGCAGAAUAUAGAGGUGUUGCUAAUGUUGUUUCUGAAUUAUGUUGGCUCCGGAAUCUACUUCUCGAGUUACAUUGCCCCAUUCGACAGGCAUCCUUGGUUUAUUGUGAUAAUAUUUCUGCCGUCUACUUAUCUUCCAAUCCGGUACAACACCAACGUACCAAGCACAUUGAGAUGGACAUUCAUUUUGUACGCGACAAGGUCGCCCUUGGAGAGAUCAAGGUUUUACAUGUUCCGUCCUCUUAUCAGUACGCAGAUAUUUUCACCAAAGGAUUACCUCGCCAACUGUUCUUGGAUUUCAGAUACAGUCUCAGCGUCCGUCCUCCUCCCGCUUCACUGCGGGGGUGUGAUAGAUAA